AUGGGCCUCUUUCUCGGUACUCUCAUCUUUAUCAUCAUCGGCGCUAUCGGUGCGCUGAGCGCCCCGCUCUGGGCGAAAAGCCAGGUUGACCUUGUCCGCGUAUUGUGCGCGGUGGCCACCUUCUGCUGCUGGAUGUCGUGGGUGCUCAUAUACAUGGCGCAGAUGAACCCGCUCCUACUGCCCACCCGGUCGAUCAAAGUGGAGUGA